UCAUCUCCAUUAACUCGAAGUUAACUCAGCCUCCUAAAAAAUUCAACUGAUCCGAUCCCAACACUGAUGGGUCUAGUCGUUAGCCAUGCAAACGCAUCAUCUCAUCGUUUAUAUUCAAAAUUGAACAUUUGGCUAAAAAAAUCACAAAAUCUAAAUCCACGUUCAAGUAUGAGAUACCGCAACUUUUAAUGGUCAAAAAUUAUGUCUUGUACUUCCAAUUACUACAGUUUACUACUCAAAAAAUGUUGUCAUUCCCAAAACUUCAAACAAGCAAAGAAGAUUCAUGGCUUUAUCAUCAAAGCCCAGGAACACCAACAUACUUUCCUAUCAAAUACUCUUAUAACUACUUAUAAUCAUUUCGGAAAUGUAAAGUAUGCCCGCCAUGUGUUCGAUCAUAUGCCCCAACCAAAUCCUUUCUCUUGGAAUAUUUUACUCUCGGCUUAUUCCAAGUCUGGUCGUCUUGUUGAAAUGCUGGAAAUAUUUAACUGUAUACCCAUUAAAGAUGGUAUUUCAUGGAAUGUGUUUAUUUCUGGUUAUGUUAACUGUAGGAGAUAUGGUGAUGCUGUGAGAGCUUAUAAAACUAUGUUAUUGGAGGGAACUAUGAGCUUAAAUAGGAUAACAUUUUCGACGAUGCUCAUGUUAUCAUCCGACAUGGGUUGUAUUGAUUUGGGUAGGCAACUUCAUGGACAAAUUAUAAAGUUUGGAUUCCUUUACUAUGUGUUUGUGGCUAAUCCAUUGAUUGAUAUGUAUUCCAAGUUAAAUUAUGUAUAUGAAGCGCGGCAAGUCUUUGAGGAAGCACCAGAAAGCAACUUGGUGAUGUAUAAUACUAUGCUUGCAGGGUAUUCACGUCUUGGUAUGUUCAAAGAAUCGUGGUGUUUGUUGCACCGUAUGCCAUAUAAAGAUUCAAUUACAUGGACUACUAUGAUUACAGGACUAACUCAAAAUGGGCUUGACAAGGAAGCUGUUGUUUUGAUGAGAAGGAUGCAAAGGGAAGGUUUUCCCAUGGACCAUUUCACUUUCGGAAGUGUCUUAGCUGCUUGUGGGAGAAUGGGAGUCUUGAAAGAGGGAAAAGAACUUCAUGCUUAUAUUAUAAGAACAGGGUAUCAAGGGAACAUUUUUGUUGGUAGCGCGCUCGUUGACAUGUAUAGCAAGUGUAAUUGUAUAAGAUAUGCAAAAACAGUAUUCAAGAACAUGACUUGCAAGAAUACUAUCUCAUGGAGUGCAAUGCUAGUGGGUUAUUCUCAGAGUGGAUUAUCAGAGGAAGCCAUUAAAACUUACCUCGAGAUGCAAAAGAAUAGAAUUGAACCAGAUUACAUUACAUUAGGUAGUGUUAUUAGCUCAUGUGCUAAUUCCGCUAGUCUAGAAGAGGGUGUCCAAUUUCAUAAACAAGCUUUAGUAUCCGGUUUACAAUCGUUUGUUUCUGUUUCUAAUGCACUUAUUACCUUGUAUGGAAGAUGUGGAAUCAUUGAAGAUUCAUUAAGGUUGUUUGGAGAAAUGAAUAUCAGGGAUGAAAUUUCCUGGACUGCAUUAAUUUCUAGUUACGCACAGUUUGGAAAAGCCCGCGAAACACUGCAUUUAUACGAAGAAAUGGUUUCUGAAGGGCUUAAACCUGAUGAGACAACAUUUGUAAGCAUUCUUUCGGCAUGCAGCAGAGCAGGUUUGGUAGAGGAAGGAAAGCAGUAUUUCGAAUUGAUGGUAAAUUUACAUGGUAUUGUAGCAACUCCUGAGCACUAUGCUUGUAUGAUCGAUCUUUUUAGUCGUGCAGGGCGGUUGGAGGAAGCAAAGAGUUUUAUCUCUGAAAUGCCUUAUAACCCUGACGCAGUUUCUUGGGGUACACUGCUGAGUUCUUGCAGAUUUUUUAGUAACAUUGAAAUUGGAAAAUGGGCCGCGGAAAAAUUAUUUGAACUGGAGCCGCAACACUCUGCAGGCUAUGUCUUGCUUUCAAGUAUUUAUGCUGCCGAAGGAAAAUGGCAACAUGUGGCUCAACUGAGGAAGGGAAUGAGAGACAAAGGCAUAAAAAAGGAGCCUGGUUAUAGCUGGAUUAAAUUCAAGAAUAAAGUGCAUGUUUUCUCUGCUGAUGAUCAGUCCAGUCCAUAUAUGAACCAGAUAUAUGCUGAGAUGGAAAAGUUAGACCUGAAAAUGGUUGAGGAAGGUUAUAAACCUGAUCUGAGCUCUGUUCUUCAUGAUGUAGAGGAUUCUGAAAAGAUACGAAUACUGAAGCAUCACAGCGAAAGACUUGCAAUAUUUUUCGGUUUGAUAUUUGUGCCACCUGGUCGUCCCAUACGAGUGGUUAAGAAUCUUAGGGUCUGUGGUGAUUGCCAUACUGCAACUAAAUUCAUAUCUAAAAUUACUCAGAGAGAAAUACUUGUUAGAGAUUCUGUUCGGUUUCAUUUAUUCAAAAAUGGAACUUGCUCAUGCGGAGAUUUUUGGUGAUUUGUUCUUUUGGGGAAUGCUGUUUUGAGUUAUCAGUACUUCAUGACAGUGUGGACUUUGAGUUAAGUACUCCUCUUUGUUCCUUACACCCAUAGUGAAAAAAUGUGGUUUUGUUCGUGAUUGUAGUAAUGGUCACGGUGACGGGUAAUAGGUGAUUUGGUGGUUGUAUUGCCGGCCGAAAUCAUGCGAUAUCCCUUAAAUGGUCCAAAACUCGGUUUCGCACACCUCUACAAAAUGGGUAGUGUCAAUUCGUUAGGAUCGACCUUGUUUUUGCACUAUGAUUACAUCAUGAUUGCAAAAUUUUUGCAUCUAUGGGGCCAUAUUGAGAAGAGGGAUAAGUUAAGUAAGCACUUAACAUUUUUCUCAUGACAAGACAAAAGAGGAAUGCUUGGUCCCAGCUGAAUCUGUAUCACUCAUGGUGAUUCGAUUCUUCGACUAUGAGAUUUUUGCUCUGAGUGACGGUGUUGCUCAUAAUGCUUACUUGAAUUCUGAUACAACACACAAUCCUAAAAAGGCGCUUAGGAAGGGGAUUGGCUGGUGAGCCUUCAACCUUGUUUGGAACUUCAUGUGUGCUUUUUUCUGUAACACUCUUGUUAAACUGAAAAUAGUACUCGGAAUAUAAAAUAUAACACAUUCAAAUUUCUUCAUCCCAUCAAGUCAAACAAAGUGCAAGUGUGUGAGAUUGAAGGGACAAUAGGGUUGGCUGGAAAAGAAGAGGGUUAGAUGAGAUUCGAUCUUAGGAUCUUGUAUGGAAAAGGCAGUAUUUACUUCAACUAAGAUAAGAGCCGAUUCUCAUUGUUAUUGAUAACUCUUAACCCAUGUACUUAAAGUUCUAAGGGAUUCCUAUAGCCGUGGAAACGUCCAUACUGAUGCUGAUGCUGAUGCUGAUGCUGUUGCAGUAGAAAUCUGUAUCUAAUGGUAUUGGCUCUGUGUUAUGCUGCUUCAUUUCCAUGUUUCCUAAACUUUGAACUGGGAUACUUGAACUCAAUUGAUUGAAUUUCAUGCUUGCUCUUAGAGCAUUACUCGUAU